UAUUUAAUGCUGAUUGCUCGUUUGUAAUGGAGAAUUUCAAAAAUAUAACAGCUGAGCCUCGACAUCCACCGACAUUUUAAAGUGAAACCUAAAGGUUUAUUCCAUUUUUAAUUCGGCAAAAGGUAUGUAGGGCAACUUCGACGAUAGCAUUUGUUUCUUCCGUGCCCUUUAGCGGUGAACACACAACGUUAUUAUUACAGUUGACUUAGCAACAGGCAGACCUUAGUAACGGCGGUAUUUUGUCCGUCGGUGCAUAACCAAGCCAAUUGAGCUAAUCAAGUUCGUGGUAAUGUAUUUGUUAGUAUGCCAUAAAUAUUUUUAAACCAAAUAUCCCGAGUCGUUAGAUAAUUUAUCCAACCAAAGAUGUCGUAUUUGGAGUCAUCUCAGGCUCCUGUUGAGGAGGAAGCUUUCUACUUGCAGUGUAGAGCCGCCUACCUUCAGAUAUUCAGAUCUAGUCUGACAAAUAUCACCUCGAAACAGGAGUUAUGUCGAGUUCUCCAACUGGCUGGCAGAAAUCCCUCCGAAGCCACUCUCGAUAAAUACUGGACCCCAGAAACGACUGACAUGAACUUCGACGAUUUCUGUGGGAUUCUGAAAUGUGAGCGGAAGGCUGAGAAGAACGAACUGAUGCGAGUUUUCAAAAAGCUGGAUACCAAUGGUGAUGGAUACAUCUCGCACAGCAAAGUGGAAAAGCUCCUUACUACUGGAGGCGAUCCAAUGACACCUGAAGAGGUCAAGACCAUUUUCUCAUUGAGUGACAUCAACAAGGAUGGCAAAUUUAACUAUAAAGAAUUCUGCAGACAGCUUGUGUCAACAGUGGAGAUGUGUCAGAUGGCCUCUUUGGAGAAACUCCAGGCUGACACCAAGCUUAAAAGACAAAACUUUGGCAGCCAUUUAGGCAGUCCUCCUUAUCCCUCCAUGUCGGCAGAAGCAGCCGCCGCUCCGCAGACUGCAGAAGCAACAUGGUCGGAUCCAGACACCACACUUAGGAAAGAAAGCCAAGCAUCCUCCCGUCCUUCUUCCGCACGCAGUAGACGCUCAUCAGUGUCAAACUCAGCGCCUGCCACAUCUGUCAGCAGCAAGCAGUGGCAUCAGUGUUGCAUGAAGGGCUGUUUCUUACUGGAGGCGGAUGGGACCAUUAGCUCUCUGCAUUACCAGCUGCACCUCCCUCAAACUGCCAACAUUAUCCUCAGUAUCCAGCCUACCAGCCUCAACCACAGACCAGACAAGCCUUCCCCCUGGAUGAAUGUGGACACAGCUCUUUUUGUGAUGUUAGCUGGCAACACAGAGGAGAAUUCGACACUAAUGUGUUUCACUAAUACAAAAGACAAAGAAAAGUACAUUUGGAGAGGAGAACUAAAAGCCGGGAUGUACUACCUGCUGCCUUUCUCCACUGGCUGUAAAUUAAAGAAAAAGAGCAAAAAGAAAGUUUCUAGUAAAAGUGUAGAACUUGUCUACAAAACUGACACUGGAGAAGUAGACCUCACCAAGGAGUUCCGGGAGGUGCUAUCUGAAAUCUUUGACAUGAUAGACCUGGAUGGGAAUGGUUUGCUCAGUCUGGAGGAAUACAAUUUUUUGGAGCUGAUGGUCAGUGGAGAAGAGUGUAAGAUGGGGACGUGGGCCAUCUGCAAAGAGAAUUUUGACAUGAGAAAGAACCAACUAACACGGCAGGGUUUCAUGGAGCUGAAUCUGAUGGAGGCGACGGAAAAAGACGGAGAUUCCGAUGACCUAUGGACCCUUGUGGAAACCAUGGGCUACAACCGUAUGCUGGAGCUCGUCGAGGCUUGCCCGUUUCAAAUCGAAGUGCAGUGUGAGGGCACACAGCCAACAAUUCAGCCGCUCAAACUGGACUCUGGGCCCAAGCUUCUGAACCAGGCCCUUCAGAGGUCCAUCACUCUCGUGGGAGCAGCCAAGCCGCUGAAAGGACAAGAUAACGUGCUCAUCUACACCUACAACGGAGAACAAAGGGUCUCCUCCCUCAUAGCCAACAAGUCCAACCAGAAAGUGACGGUUCAUGUCAACAACAAACAGAACACCAACUGCUGCAGCAGUAGAGGCCUGAGUGUGUUUGCCAUUGAAGUACCAGCUAGAACUAAAAUGGUGUGCCAACAUGUCCUGCCCAUCAGUGAGAAACAAGAUUGGGCUUACAACUGUGUGGAGACUUUACUGCCCCCGAGAUAGAGCUUUAUACGAUAUGCAGCAUUUUUAUGCCUAAAUCCAUGUUAUCUCUGUAGUUGACUAUCUAUCUACUGGUUAGCACUCAGUCAUGUACUGUGGGGAUACUUUGGGGAUACUGCACUGGCAAUGAAGUACAUGCUUCAGCAUUGCACUCGCGUCUAAACUUUACUUGCCCUUUCCAGCAGUAGAGUCUCGAUCUAUUUAUAUCUCACAGACAAUUUUUUGCCCUUUGACUUUCUCUACUGAAACAGUAGAGCCAGCUAACAAAAUAUCAUUUGGCAUAUACGAGAUGUAUUUUAUGUCACCGUCUGCUUCUCUUUUCUAAACUACAUCACAAAUUAAAAAGCAAAAUUGUAAAACUGUUCAAAUCACAUAUCAAUAAGAAGGCUUGACUUUUCAAUCUGUGGUUAUGUAUUGCUUAUGCUUAAUGUUCUAUAAGAUUAGAUGGCAAAAAACUGUACUUUAUUUUAUGUAUCACAACAAGCGAUAUGACAAGACUCAACUUUGCUCUGUUGGUGCCGAGUAAACACACUGUGAUGCAACAAGCAAACAUUCACAGCCUGAGGACUAUUUCACAAUAUUACACUCACAGGUAUGUUAGUCCAUUUUUGUAACAAUUAAGAAAUGCCCAUUUGUAAACAUAUUAGAGAUAUCUGUAGUUAUGUUCUUGGUGCAUGAUAAACUCACUGGUGCUUUUUGCAACAUUUG